UGUUAUAUUCCAAACCAUUACAAGUCCACAAAAGUGUCAAAAAAUGACACAAACUUGAAUCCGCCUCUUUUUGCCAUAAUGUCAUCUAGUAUUAAAAAAUAUGUUUCUCAGAAGAAGUAUAUAUUUACAAGUCUCCCGUGUUCUCACUGGUGUAAAUCAAUAGUAACUUAUUUCAACAAUGCGCCAACUUGCCACGGUUCAGCGAGUUAAGACAAACUUGUUGUUGCUGUUUUCAGUGAGCCCUUAACAGCUUGGCCCCGCUGGUAGCCUGGUCCAGACUGAAUGCAGCCUUUAAGUGACGGAGGGGCUGUAAUUUGAGAGUAGCUGAGAGUAUUAUUAGCCAAAAACCCGGAGCGCGGCACUUGAGACAUCCAGAUGUUGCGUUCGCGGCACCGAGAGAAGUCAGAGAGAGAGAGAGAGAGAGCGCUGAGAGGUGUUUCUACGCUCAAACAAACUUUCAUGCACUGUUUUCCUGCUCUCCAACAGUGAUGGAGGCUGACAGGCUCCAUUAAAAGAAAGAAGAAGGUGUCAGGCUGUUUGUACAUUUUUAACGCCGCUUGUAUCAAGUUUGGACGAAGAGGAGGACGUGAAAGCCACACAAAGCCUCAACUUAACUGCGCAGUUCGGACGUUUAAAAACCUGUUUGAAAUGUUUCCAAGCCGGGUUGGAAGUAAAUAUCUAUCAGACUGACACUUUUUUUUUUAAUUGCUGAAAUAAUUAUAAAAAACGGUGCUAUUUAAUAUUGGAGAGUGUGUGUUUUUGGACAAGUGGUUAUCAUGGCUUUUCUUCACUUGCUGCUGUGUGCCGGGAUGUUAUCACUGCCGUCGUGUGGAGCCUUUUUCAGCGGACCUUUACAUCCGGAGAUGUCUAACGGCACUUUUCAUCACUAUUUCGUGCCGGACGGCGACUACGAGGAAAACGACGAUCCGGAGAAAUGCCAGAUGCUAUUUAAAAUGACCGACGAGCGAAAGUGCGGUCUCGACGAGGACCGGGACGCUGUCAUACGGGACGACUUCACCAUCAUCAAGAGGCAGAUCGAGGACUCGGCCAGGGUGCUGGAAGGGAUCGGGAAAAGCAUCUCUUACGACCUGGACGGUGAGGACAGCUACGGUAAAUACUUGCGGAGGGAGACCGGGCAGAUAAGCGAGGCGUUUACAAACUCCGAGAAAUCUCUGCUGGAGCUGGAAGUGAAAUUCAAACAGAGCCAGGAGAGCGAGCUGAAGGAGGAGCACCGGCUCAACGACGACUUUCUCAACAUGAUCGUGCACACGCGGGACGUCCUGAAGGAGACGUUGGACAUUUCUCUGGGACUGAAGGACAAGCACGAGCUCCUGUCUCUGAUCAUCCGCAGCCACGGCACGAGGCUGAGCAGACUGAAGAACGAAUACAUGAAGUACUGAGAGAAAAUAGUCCCUGCAAAAAGUCUCAUUACAGUACUGUUUUUCUUUCUUUUUUUUGUUUGUUUGUUUGUUUGUUUGUUUGUUUGUUUGUUUGUUUAUGGUGGAGAGUGACCAUGAGACAGAGGCAAGGGAGGAAAUUCUGAGCAUUCAUAUCAGGGAUAAAAUCAUUUCUUAAAGGGUUGGUUCACCUAAAUUACAAAUAAUCACUUUUUUUCUCAUUUAACUCAAGAGCAGUGGUUCCUGUAUUAGUGACAGUUUUACUACUUUUACACGAGUAUUUCCAUUUUAUGCUACUUUAUACUUCAGUUCCACUACAUUUACUGUAUGUCACAGCUUUAGUUACUUUUUUUCUUUUCUUUAAUUGACUCAAAAACAUAAACAGAAAGACAGAAAAUACAGAAUUCUGACAAUUAACAAACAAGCGAGUCCUACCCUCCCAAACCAAUUUGCAAAUCUGAACCAACCCUUUACCCACCCCUCAAACAAUAUUAUUACUAUCCUUCAAUUCUCACUGUACCUACAUCUUACAGUCAAGUUUAUUUAUAUAGCGCCAAAUCACAACAGAAGUUAUCUCAGGGCACUUAGAGCAGAUCUAGACUACACUCUUUAAUUUACAGAGACCCAACAUUCCCCCAUGAGCAAGCAGAAAGUUACUUUGAAGAUCAAGGUUUUAUUUAAAAAAAAAAAAAACAUGAUUACUUCAUAAAACAUGUUUAAUUAUGAUAAUUAAGUUACCCAACAGGACUAAAGUUGUUAAAAUUAGAGUUUCUUGGCCAGCUACAACUCAGAAUACUGCAUACACAGUAAUGUGUUAGUAGUAAUUCAGAAAUAUAAUAUAAUACUGACACCUACCUAAUGCGUAGGCUUACUUUUGACACUUUUAUAGCUGCUAAAACAUCUGUACUUCUACUUAAGUGAGAUUUCCACUGCUACCACAAUACAAUGGAGGUUAAAGGGAUUUUGUUGAUGGUGCUCACUGCACUGCAAAUUACAUUAAAAAAUCAGCAUUAAUGUGUCUUAAACAAUAUCGCAGCAGGAUAAUCCACAGAAAGUGCUAACAGGGUACUGUUGACUUCAUGCUCCAUGAAUGAGUCAGUCUUCUAAGGAAAUUUUAUGGAAAGAGAUGUGGCAACUGAAUUUUUAAAAUUGAAUGUUUCGAUGCUGUGAGAGACAAACAGUAAUUAAAAACACCUUCAUUGCUUUGCGGGGGCAGCAGAAAUCUCUGAGAGGAAGUUCUCAACACUUGGGUGUAUAAAUUCCAACUUUCUCCACUGUUAGUCGAGUAAGUAAGAAAUGUUCUUUUUGAAAUUUGGAUGAACUGUCCCUUUUAAAAAAGUCUGUUGGACUUUAUGUGACACCAAAAACCUUAGAGAGUAUUAAGAGUGGGCGGUGUGGUUAACAUCCUCUAUCGCAUGAUAUGUAAUUUAAUAUCACAAUAUCAACAUAUUGUGAACUUUUAAAUACUUUGGAAAUUGAGGAAUUGUUAACGAAUUAAAAAAACAGAUUGUAAUGUCUGUUUUGGUCAAAUUAAAUAUGUAACAAGUCAACAAAGUACUUAAUUACAGUGAUGCAAGAAAUUAUAUAAAAAUCCAAUGUUGCCAUAAAGUGGUCCUGCUCAAUGGUUUUAAAUGCACGCAGAGAUAUUAAAGAGAAAGCUACCAUGGUAUAAACGGUAUUGCAAAAUCUCUAGACAAUUACUGUAUAUAUUGUCUGACUGUGUAUAUUAUUGCCCACACAUAGAGACUGUUGUAAUAGUCAGACAUUACGCACCAUGAAAACACUCAAUGGUGGUUACAUCUCUAUGUUUAACAUGACUGAAUACAAAUUACAGUAAUAUUGUCCAAUAAAUAAAGAAUGGCAUUAAUCGCGCCAGUCAAAUGUACCAAAAAUGCCUCUUUUCUUGGUCAUUUUUGGUCAGUGCAUUGAAUAUAUAUAUACUUGUAAACAGUCACAAGUGUGGGGAUGUGUGUGUGUGUGUGUGUGUAUGUGUUUGUGUGUGUUUUGUAAAACAACGGCUUUAAACAUGGGUCAGCCAAUCAGAGGCGAGAACUGGAAGUAUCCAUUUUCAGAUUAUAAGCACUCCUCUCACGUCUGACUACAGUAUGAAGGGUUUUCCAAAACCUGCUUGGACUCCUCUGAUCAAAAAAGUUUGGCAAAGACUGAAGAAAGUGGUUUGAUAUUAACCAAAAGUUUAAAAAAGGUGGGUUUUUUGGGGGGGAGGAGGGGGGGGGGCACCCUUCAUAUAGCAAUGAAGCAGACGACGAGAUGGAUCUCAUGUAGUAGCCUGAUUGAAAGCUCUUAACGUGAGCAGCCAUUAUUCUCUGACACUCCAGAUGAAUGUCUCCAGAAUAUCAAAGAAUGUUUACACAUGGAUACCUUUCUGUUGUGUUUUUGCUUUAUAUAGGCUAGCAGACUUUGCACAGUUCUUUACUGUUCUGGUGCUAAAGGUUGUGACAUGGUUAAAAAAAAAAAAAAAAAAAAUGCGAGGCCUACUGUGCAGUUUUGCACAGGCAGUAUAAUCUUAGAAAAAUGUACAGUGUAUUAUUGGAAGUAAGUAAAUACUGUGAGUGCCAAUAUCUUUAUUACAGAACACCUUAAUAUGUAUUCAUUGUUUAUAUAAAGUUUUUGAAAUAGAGCAGCAUUUAUCUAUUCUUGUAAGAUAUGUGGUGAGGUGUAAUACUUUGACGGAUAAGACUGCAGGCAGCAAUCGUGGACUUCAGUGUCAAACACUAAUCUGUGUGACAACAUUCUCAACGGAUUGUGUUGUGUCUUUCUCAAAUAAAGAGUUUGUGUUUGAA